UUGACUGACGGUUGGCCGCAUGUUCCUACGUGUCCACCACAGCAGUCAAUCAAUCUCUGUGUCUCUUCACCCAGCGCCAACACCUUCAGCGGAAUUUCGUACACGGAAUUUUGGGUGGAGCAACCAUUUAAUAACACGUAAUUUUGCACAUGGAAGUGGCUUAAGCGGGAAGUGCUUACCAAUGGUGGUACAAAAAAGCACUGGGAUGAGGAAGGCAGGGAUGAGCUCUGCUGGGUUUGUGCUGGGUAUGUUACUGAUUGUCCUGGAGGUUUGUGAUGGUGGAAUAACAAGCAGUUAUGUCCGGAAUGAUGACUUGUCCCUUGAUAUGCCUUUGGACAGUGAUGUGUUCCAAGUUCCUCCCGGAUAUAAUGUCCCCCAACAGGUGCAUAUAACUCAAGGAGAUCAUGAGGGUAAGGGUGUGAUUGUCUCUUGGGUCACUCCAGAUGAACCGGGUUCAAGUACAGUGAUUUACUGGGCAGAAAAUAAUACCAGCCUCAAAAAAAGUGCUCAAGCAACUGUUCUCACUUACAAGUACUUCAAUUACACUUCUGGAUACAUUCAUCAUUGCACCAUUGACAAUUUGGAGUUUGACACCAAAUACUACUAUGAAGUCGGGACUGGGAACACCGCGCGGAGGUUUUGGUUUGUAACCCCUCCUAGGGUUGGUCCUGAUGUUGCUUAUACUUUCGGCCUCAUAGGGGAUCUUGGCCAAACCCACGAUUCAAAUGAUACUCUUACACAUUACGAAUUAAACCCUGCGAAAGGACAGACAUUAUUGUUUGUUGGGGACCUCUCUUACGCAGAUGAUUAUCCGUUUCAUGACAAUAACCGGUGGGAUACAUGGGGGAGGUUCGUAGAGAGAAAUGUUGCUUACCAACCGUGGAUUUGGACUGCAGGAAAUCACGAAAUCGAUUUUGUUCCUGAGCUCGGUGAAAGUACACCCUUCAAACCAUACACAAAUCGGUAUUUUGUUCCCUACGAAGCUUCGGGUAGUACGUCUCCUCUUUGGUACUCCAUCAAGAGAGCUUCAGCCUAUAUCAUAGUCUUGUCCUCGUACUCAGCAUAUGGGAAGUAUACUCCUCAAUACAAGUGGCUAGAGAAGGAGCUGCCGAAAGUGAACAGGACAGAGACGCCAUGGCUUAUUGUUCUUAUGCAUUCUCCACUGUAUAGCAGUUAUGUACAUCACUAUAUGGAAGGAGAAUCCUUCAGAGUUAUGUACGAGGAAUGGUUUGUGGAAUAUGAAGUAGAUGUUGUCUUCGCUGGCCAUGUUCAUGCCUACGAACGAUCUGAACGGAUAUCAAAUGUUGCUUACAACAUUUCGAAUGGACUCUGCACUCCCAUAAGCGAUCGGUCAGCCCCGGUUUACAUAACCAUCGGAGAUGGAGGAAACCUAGAAGGCUUGGUUACCGAAAUGACAGAACCACAGCCAAGUUACUCAGCUUUCCGGGAAGCUAGCUUCGGUCAUGGGAUUUUCGAUAUAAAGAACAGAACUCAUGCCUUUUUCAGUUGGCACCGGAAUCAAGACGGGUAUGCGGUUGAAGCUGAUUCUCUGUGGUUAAAGAACAGAUAUUGGAACAGUUUGGAAGACUCAUCAUCCUUAGCUGCAUUUUAGAUCAAGUUUUCACUGCCCUCCAACCAUGUAGACUUGCUGCACAAAUUUCACUCACCUGCCAUACCUAAUGUUUGCAUAAGUUGUAUGUGUAAAUUUAAGAGUAAAGAGAUGGGAAGGGUGAGGUUUCAUGUAAUCUUUGUAGAAUACCACUCUAUUCAUCAUUCGGAAUAAAACAAUCCGUUCUCCAUCCUCA